AUGGAGGUUGAUGGCUGGGAUGAUGGACCCACGGUGGAGGACAUCCUCUCUUCAGUCAUGAGGAAUGAGAAGCAAGGGAAUGUUUUACCAGAUAAACAAAUUCACUUGGCAGAUAGCAAGAACCAUGUUGUAACAGUACCACAGCAAGAGACCACACCCUUUUCCUCUUUGAAGACUCAAAACAGUGCUGGUGCCCAAGAAAUACGGUCUUUGAGACCAUCCAUGAUGACCUCUCAACAAGUGACUGCUUCAGGAAUAAGUUGGACACAAAGUACCACAGCACCUGGAAAGUGUGUUCCAACACAGUCUACAAUACAACGAGAGAUUGGAGCAUGUCAGGUAUCUUCCAACAGUGCACAGAACAUCAGACAUCAACACAGUGCAACAAAAAUAGAGACUUGUAACAGUAAACUAACAGAAGGUCUACAGUACACUGCACCACUGUCUGAUUCACAACACAACAAGUUGCUGGCCAGUUCCAAGCUUGUUACUGGAUCGAGAUCCCCAGUAAAUGAUCCGCCCUGUACAGCAGCUGCAAGCAGAACUCCAGACAUUCCAGAACAAUCCCUCAACAGUUUCAAACACCUUCAACUGGGCAGAGAAGUUUCCCCAUGCCUCCAACACUCAAAGACAAACAGACUCUUGCCAAAGGAUAAUAUUACUGUUAAGGGAAAAGAUUACAUGAAGCUGGGGCUGCUUGGUCGAGGAGGAUCCAGCAAAGUUUAUGAGGUGUUGGACUGUGAAACAAAGAAGGUGAAGGCCAUAAAGGUGGUAAUGCUGGAAGACAAGAAGGCCAAGCCCAUCUCACCGUACACCAUCCGUCACUACUGGGAGAAGAUGUUGCUUGCUGUUAAGGUCAUCCAUGAAGCAGGGGUCAUUCACCUCGAUCUGAAACCCGCCAACUUCCUCCUGGUCAAUGACACGGUGAAGUUAAUCGACUUUGGCAUAGCGUCGUCCAUCCAGCAAGAUAUGACCAGUGUUAUUAAGGACGUUCAGUCAGGGACUUACAACUACAUGAGUCCUGAGGCACUUAUGGAUAACCAAUCAGGUCCCAUAAUUAAUGGCUGCUCUGAUAAGCCACCACUCCUAGCCUAUUGUAACCUAACUUGUCAGAUUGGUGUAAAGUCUGACAUAUGGGCACUGGGAUGCAUUCACAACCUGGUUUAUGGAAAAACCCCAUUCCAGCACAUCUGCAAUCCCUGGCAGAAACUGUCAGCCAUCUCAAACUCCAACACCAAAAUCAGCUUCCCAGAUAUUGGAGAUGAUCACCUGAAGGAUGUAUUGCAAUGGUGUCUCAAGUUUAAUCCCAGGGAGCGUCCCAGCAUUCAGGAACUGCUGGAACAUCCAUAUUUAACUGCACAACUACAUGCCAAGAGUUCUCCACCCCUUAACAAAGUCAAGGACAUGAUGAAUAAGUUGGAACAAUACACCCCAAAAAGAUUAGAGAGGAUUGCCUCUUUAAUGCAGCAGCUAAACUCAGUUGAAGAAGCAGAAUAAGGUGUCGGAGGAAUCUACUACAGUACGUCUGCCUGGAAAAUGUAAAUACAUACAAUAUUUGAUGCUUAUAAACCAAACAUGCUGAAUUACUGUACACAGGAGCAAGUUUGCAUAACACUUUUAUAUUAGUUUGUUGAGUAAGGCUCUCUAAUCCACUUAACAUUUACAUACACAGCAAGAAUUAUGGGAUUAGUCAUGCUUAAGUUGGAGACUGUAGUAGGUGUAAUCUCAAACACUAAUGGAUACUGCUUAUGAUAAUGUAAGUUUUCUUUUAUUAUUAUUAUCAUUUGUUGACCUAUAAAAGGUGUUGUGUUCCAGAGUGAGUAUACAAGGUAGUGAUUUAUUAGCGACUUGAACGCUUUCUUUCGCCAUUUGUGGGCAAAUAAGUAAUUUGUUUAUGUGCAUCUGAUUACUGAUAUUCAGAACUUUAACGCACAUAUAUGCACUCACGCACCAAACACACCUACCAUGCAUUUAUAUUUCUUUGCUGUCAAUAUUUUACAUUAGGCAAAAGUUCUUUGGGCCUCAAGACUUCUUGGAUUCAACUGCCUUUGAAUAUUGCCAUAGACUUAAAUUUUAAGGUUUUUUGUUAAAUGCAGUACAGUACAUCACUACCCAUACAAUAUUGUGAAAGAAUUUUAUAUAAAGGCCAUUUUAAUCUACCAGUACCUUAUCAGAGUUAAAAAUGUAUUCUAACUAAUACAGUACUUUCUUUAUAUUCAAAGGGGAUACAAUUUGUGUUCUGUCAACCAUUUGGAAUACAAAUUGUAAACAUGUAGAACUGUGUGUGUAGGUGACCUUACCCAGUUGAUAGCUCAUGCAUUACUACAUUACUACAGGGGGUCCUCAUUUUCCGCGGUUAAUUGGGACCGGAAAAAUACCUGUGAUAAUGAAUCCACUUAAAGCGGUGAAUUAAUCCCAUAAGAAAUAAUGGAAAUGCUGUAGGUCAAAUUGGAACCAUGACAUUUUACACGACACUUUAAAAAAAAAACUAAGUUAUUUAACAUCCUUAAAGUUCAUUGGGGUCGGUGUGUUGAGGCAACGUAGGUUGUGCCAGCAACCUGGUGGUGCACACUCACUCGGGUGGUUCAUUAAGACAAAAUGCUUUAUGUUCUAAAAAAUAUAAUAAAAUAUUUGUAUUUACUUAGCUUCAAAGGUAGAGGUGUUUGGAUUGAUGGAGGUGGGUGUUGGGGGAUGGAGGAUUAGUAAGAGGAUGAAAAAUAAACAGGACUAAAUGGAUUGUCCACUUCCACUUUUCUUUUGCCUAAUCACUUCUAAUUUUACAUCUGUACUAUAGCGAGUGUGCUUUCUUUUGAGUGCUGCUCCACCCUGUGUGGGUUGGGAACUCAUGGCUACAAAAUGAUAAAAUAAUUCACCACAACAUACACAAAAAGACACAACAAAGGCAGGAGUAAACACAACACAACACCGGUCUGGACGAAACAAAGCGGGAGACUGGCGAGGGACACGUGUGUGCAUGCUUGAUGCCAGAAAGAGGGUGAAAUUUCAAAUGAUUCAGCUUAAAAUUGUAGAUUUUAUCAGGAUUUUAAAUCGAGUUUUUGAGAGGAAUCCACUUAAAUGCAGGGACUCAAUACAUGGAUGGUCACAAAAAAUUUGCCACUUAACUGCGGAUAGUAAAAAUCUUAUAACGAGGACCUUCUGUAUUUAAAUUCAUUAUGCUUGUAUAUACAUUUUGUGCAAUAUAAUUUUGUCAUCAAAGAUCAUGUUUUGAAGUGUGCCAUGGAAGAGGCAGUUCUAGUUUUGGAUAAAAAAUCUACUUCAAAAAUUAGAUAAUAAAAAAAUUCUAAAAUCAUCCAUCUAUUACUAAAUGCCUUUGGCUCCUGUACAGUUUAACUCUUGCAGCAGCCUGUUGACUGUCAGCUGUUUUUUCCAUUGUGUUAUAGUAUCUUUUAAUACCUGUACUCACUCUCCAUCCAUCCUCUAAUAUACUGCAUGUGUAUAUAAAUAUGAACUAAACAAGCAGUACAGGAAGGUAGAUACUGUUUUGAAAUUAAAUAACACUAAUGCUGUAUGGAAGGCUGUGGAUCUUCAGUGGUGAUCACCUGUUUGUAGGAGUUACCUGUACAUGCAUUUUUUUUGUACAGUGUCAGCAUUCAUUAAAUUAUUAGUCACAUUUUUUUUUAACCAUGUAUAAUCAAAUCCACAUUGGAGGAGACUACUGUAUUUCCCAAUACAUCAGACAAGUUUAUAUGCCA